UGUUGUCAACUCAUUCCCAGUCACUAUGGGACAAGAUUUAACCACCCCUCUUAGCCUUACUUUAGAUCAUUGGCGCGAGGUGAAGACCAGAGCCUCCAAUCAAUCAGUGGAGAUCAAGAAAAACAAGUGGACCGCCCUGUGUUCAUCCGAGUGGCCCACCUUUGACAUCGGGUGGCCACGCGAUGGCACUUUUGACUUGAACCUUAUUUCCCAGGUCAAGGCGCGAGUCUUCAGACCAGGACCCUAUGGACAUCCAGAUCAGAUUCCAUACAUCGUCACUUGGGAAAGCCUUUCCUUUGACCCCCCUCCGUGGGUCUCCCCUUUUCUCUCUCCCAAGGCAGUCCCCCAGACCCCCUCGGCGCCCUUGCCAAUGGACCCCUCCCCUUCCCUCUCACUCUGCCCUGUAGUGCUCAAAACCAAGCCUGUUAUCCCCCCCGGCCCCCUGCGCCCGGAGCCCAGCCCCAGGUUCGCUCUAAACCCCCUUCUCGAAGACUCCCCGCCCCCUUACCCGCCUCUGCCCCCUGCGCCCGGAGCCCAGCCCCAGGUUCAAGCGCCCCUGGUUCCGGUUGUUGCGGCGAUAGAUCACACUCCCAGGACGUCCUCCCCGAUCGCUGGGAGGUUGCGAGAGCGAAGAGGACACCAAGGGGAUUCUUCUCACAUACUUCCUCUCCAGGUGGGACCAGGGCCGGGCAACCAACUUCAGUACUGGCCCUUUUCUGCCUCUGACUUGUAUAACUGGAAACAACAUAACCCGCCCUUCUCCCAAGACCCUGUAGCCCUAACUAACCUCCUGGAGUCUAUCCUUCUAACUCACCAGCCCACCUGGGAUGAUUGCCAACAGCUCCUCCAAGUCCUCCUCACGACAGAGGAGAAACAGAGGGUCAUUCUGGAAGCCCGUAAACAGGUUCCCGGGGCGGAUGGAAGACCCACCCAGCUGCCCAACGAAAUAGAAGCUGCUUUUCCCUUGACCAGACCAGAUUGGGACUUCACUACACCUGAAGGUAGGGGACACCUACGCCUUUAUCGCCAGUUGCUCACAGCGGGCCUCCGAGCAGCGGGGCGACGCCCCACCAAUUUGGCCAAGGUAAGAUCAGUAGUACAAGGGCAGGAGGAGUCACCGACGGUAUUCUUAGAGAGACUAAAGGAAGCAUAUCGGAGGUUCACCCCCUUCGAUCCAGAUAGCCCUGAGCAAGAAGUGAGUGUCUCUAUGUCCUUUAUUUGGCAGUCUGCCCCUGACAUUAAGGUGAAGCUCCAAAGAAUGGAAAACCUACAGGGACAGAGGUUACAAGAUCUACUCAGGGAAGCAGAAAAAAAUUAUAAUAAAAGAGAAACUCAAGAAGAAAGAGAAGAAAGACAAAGGAGAGAGGCAGAGGAUAGGGAAAAUGCAAGAGACAAGAGGCGAAACAAGGAAUUAAGCAGGAUACUGGCCACUGUAGUGAGAGACAGGGAAGAGUCUAGAGGAGAUAGGAAAGGAGGCAGAGGCAGGGCCCCAUUAGACAGAGACCAAUGUGCCUACUGCAAAGAGAAAGGCCACUGGGCAAGAGAUUGCCCUAAAAAGAAAUCAAGAACAAGAGAGUCCACUCUCCUAACCCUCGACUAGGGGGGUCGGGGCCAGGACCCCCCACCUGAGCCCAGGGUAACUCUUCGAGUGGGGGGCAAGCCAGUUACCUUCAUGGUAGAUACCGGUGCCCAGCACUCGGUUCUCACCCACACCACCGGACCCUUCAGCAAA